UUGAAAAUAAUAAAAAAAUAACGAUAUUCAUCAUGGUGAAUGAAUCAAUUACUAAACGCACAAAACAAAAUAAUAAAAUUGACGUAUUAAUAGUUGGUGCUGGAUUAUCGGGUCUAAUAUCAGCUUUUAAAAUAACACAAACAGAACCAAGUCUUCAAGUGAGAAUAUUGGAAACAUCAAACAGAGUGGGUGGUCAAUUAAAUCAAGUCAGUUUAGGAGAAAUUGGAGCUAAAUGGAUUAGCGAAGAUCAAUGCCACAUUUACCGUUUAAUCAAUUCUCUAAAAGUUCCAAUGUACAAGCGAAACAGUCUAUCUUCUCAUUUAAAAUCUUAUAGAGAAAUGAAUGAGGGGAUUUUUUCUGUAUUAGCAAAUUAUGAACUAAAGCGUUAUAUACAUGAACUUGAACUUAAAAUGGAAUUUUUUAAACCAGGUUUUGUUAAAUGUAAAGGACAUUCAAUGCAACAGCAUAUACAUAAUCGUUUGUUUUUCAAUUCAUCUCGAAAAUAUAUGCUGAAUUUAGUUUUAGUAAUAUGUGGAACGGAGGCAAAAUAUAUUAGUUUUAAAGAUUUUAUGUCAAUAUGUUACACAUCUGGUGGUAUAAGAAGAUUAAUUGAUCUGAUUAUUGAAGUUCCAAACUAUUCUUUAAUAGAAUUUUCUAGCAAAGAUUUGUUGUACAAACUCUUACAACAUCUUCAGAAUAUAGAAAUUCUAUAUGAACGCAAAGUAAUUGCGAUUAAUCAAUAUCGAGAUUUUGUUGAAGUAAGGGAUUCCUCAAAUGAAUAUCACGUAGCUGAAGCUAUAAUUUUGGCAAUACCAUGGAAUUUCUCACAGGAAAUUUAUUUUCGGCCUCCCCUCCCCUUAGAGUUGCAAACUCCACCUUCACCUGUGGAUAGUGAAAAAUAUAUUGUAACAAGUUUUUUGGCCAGUUACACGGAAGGUUAUUGGCGUCUAAAAGGGUUUUCUGGAUGUUAUAUUAAACAUGAACCACUUUUGAUUGCUCAAGAGUAUCGUCCUACAGUUUAUGCGGGUUUUAUGAUACAUGAGGAAGGAAUAGAACCUUUGGUGAAAUCAAUAGUACUUCACGAAUUUGCCAAAAUAUUCGGAGAAGAAAUGCUUGUACCUCGAGAAUUUCAACAACACAGCUAUGAAUUAAAUUAUCUGGGCCAUUUGCCACUGACAACACCCUGGAAUCGUAUAAUUUGGUCCUCUUCUGCUGCUUCUGGUACAUGUUAUCGUGGUCGUUUGGGUGGUGCUGUACAAAGUGGUCUUAGGGCAGCUGUAAAUGCAUUGCUUGUGUGCCGACCCCAAAUAGUUACUUGGCAAGAUAUAGCCGAAGUACAAUGUCACAGCUAUUUGCGUCGUCGAGAAACCACAUGGUCAUCUGUAUUUCUUAGUACUUUCAAUUUAUAUAAUGUUUCCACGUACACUAUUUUCAUAAGUGGCCUAGUUUUAAUUUUGACAAAAGCCUACAAGAAACACUAGUCCAUUCACAUUCAUUUCCUAUGAAAAUUAUCAAUUGAAAUCUUUAUGAUAAUUGAAGGAGAGAGAGAGAGAGAGAGAAGAAAGGCGAAAUUGUGAUUAUUAUCAUCUUAAGUAAUUGUAAUGUUCACUAGUGUGUGCGUCUUUAACUCAUGUGAUCAUCAGUCGCAGUUAUCACAAGUGAACUUAAGUAUAUAAUCAACCAACAGUUUUGUUUUAUCCAAUUUUAUAUGUCGAGAUGGACUUUAAAUGAUGUAGUGUCAGUAAACCUAUAUGAGUGAGAAUGUGCGUUUAAAGUGUAUGUUUGAAAUUUAGAACUAUACACACACUUUAUUUAGAGAUUUGCUUUGAUUUUUUUUAUUUAUUUUUUUUGACUAUGUAUUUAUUUACUUAUCAUUUUCAUUUUUAUUAAAUUUAAUGAAACUCGUGUAGGUAAUUUGUUCACUGUACUUAAAUAUACACAUGUAUGUGUUAUGAUGAUGAUGUGAUGGUGAUGUACAAUUGUUAAUCCAAUUAAUAGGAUUUUUGAAGGUUAAUUUUUGAAAUAAAAUUUAUCAAAACUUAUUGAUAAAAAUGUUUUACGGACCAAAACUUCCAAAGAAUUAAUUGUGCAAUUUUUGUUCUUUUUUAAAAGAAUUUUAAAAUAUUUACAUUCAUAAAUAAUGAGUGCUUUUGGAAAUAAUUUCAACGAAAUAUAAAACUAAAGUAUUGAAUUUUUAAAUACUUUGGUUUUAAAAAUUAUGAGAAUUAUUUUAAGUUUCAAACCGAAAUAAAAUAUAAUACAUUCUUUCUAAGCUUUGUAGCAAUCUAAGUUUUAUUUCAUUCUUUAUGUCAAUUCAAGGUUUGAAAAUGUGAAUAACCUUUAUCCAAAUCUAAAUUUCUUUGAUUUGGAUUUUGAAAUUUGAUGCAAUAAUAAAGUAAUUCAAACAUUAAAAUAAUAUGAAAAUAUAUCUCCGGUAUUCAUUCUUUUUAAAAUCACUUAUAGCGAUUUGACGAAAAUUUUUAGUACUUACCUGGCUAAAAAAAAUUCGAUUUUUCACAAAUAUUUAUCAAAACACUUAACAAUACGUCGACAGAACAGUUGUCAAUUCUCUGUUUAUAUCAAUGUAUAAGCGAAUCGUAUUGCCUUUAUUGUCAGGACAAAUAAAUGAUUUUUUUGCUAUAUUAUAUGUAAAAAUAAUUAUUAAAACUUACCUCAAAACCUAAUUUUACUUGCACUUGAAAAAAAUGCGAUUUAAGAACGCAAUUGUUCACUUACAAUAUAUUAAAUUGUAAAUUUAUUAUAUUGUAAUUAAUUUUUUAUUUUAUGUAUAACUGUAUAAAACUUAUCUUUAAAACAACAUUAAUUACAAUUUCGUUUGCUUUGCAGUUGAGUUCUAUCUAUUAUUGAUAAAUUUUAUGCAGUGUCCUUUCACAAAAAAAUAUAAAAAACACUUUAAAUGUAUAUUGAACCGCUUCGAAGAAUUUGUAAAUGAACCUUCAUGAUAAGAUCCAACCAGUAAGAAGUUCUAUGAUAAGAUCAAAUUGCAACUGUAUGUACUAGGGUAUUAAAUUAUUCGGCUCUAAUUGUCAAAAUUAUUCGGUUAAUCGAAUAAUAGGAAACUGUAUGUUUUUUCCUUUUAUAAACAAAAUUAUAAUUUUA